UGUUAAAAUGUUAAUUUCUUCAAUAUUAAACUUCUUCAAUAACUUUGGCCUUUUGGUUGUCUCCUUUUAUUUACCUAUAUUCUUAGGUUCUGGAGUUUUAAACUCAGUUCUCAUAGACAUUUACAAUACGUCUUUGACAAUGGCUGGUGGUGUGGAAGCAGCAAGUGGAAGAAAUAAAAGAAAAAAUAACUUACUAAGAAAGCAACUUGCUGUAGCUCUAAGAAGUGUUCAAUGGAGCUACGCAAUCUUCUGGUCCUCUUCACUUACUCAACCUGGGGUUUUGGAGUGGGAAGAAGGGUGUUACAACGGGGAUAUAAAGAAGAGGAAGAAGAGUUACGAAGCUGCCCAUUAUAAAUAUGCGUUGCAGAGAAGCAACCAACUUAGGAAACUUUAUCUGUGUAUGCUGGAAGGGGAUAGUAAUACUACUAUUAGUACUACUCAUGAUGUUGAUGAUUAUGGUGAUGAUGAGGAACAUAAUUGUAACAGUGCAACAAGUAUGAUGUUGUCACCAGAUGAUCUCUCGGAUGAAGAGUGGUACUAUAUAGUCUCCAUGUCCUAUGUCUUCUCUCCUUCUCAAUGUUUGCCAGGAAGAGCUUUGGUGACGGGUGAGACCAUAUGGCUUUGCAACGCUCAGUACGCAGAUAACAAACUCUUCUCUCGCUCUUUGUUAGCAAGAAGCGCAUCAAUUCAGACUGUUGUGUGUUUCCCUUACUUGGGCGGUGUGAUUGAGCUGGGCGUCACAGAACUGAUUUCAGAAGAUCAUAGCCUGCUUCAACACAUCAAGUCUUGCUUGUUGGAGACUUCAAAACCCGAUUGCGCUUCAUACAACUUCUCUGCUCGCCAAGCCAGCGAUGAUGAGAAGAAUCAAACUAAAAUCAAGACCAGUGAUGGAAACUCAAACUCAGUGCUCCAAGAGAACCAUCAGAUUCAGUCUGAUGAAGACGUGCAUUACAAAAGAACUGUCUCAACACUAGUCAAAUACUCUGCUGAUAAGGAUAUUCAUCAUCUCCAACCGGAUCUUGUUUCUUCUAACGUUGGGUCAAGUUUCUUGCGUUGGAAGCAACGUGAGCAGCCAAACUCAAUUCUGUUUCAGGAACAUAGCAAUUUGCAGACCUUGUCACAGAACGUGCUGAGGAAGAUAUUGCAAGAGGUACCUUUGAUGCACUCUUUAGACACAAAGAGAACGCUCCCAAGUAAGACGCUUGGUCUGAAUCAAGAUGAUCCUUGGGAUACAAGAAAAGAGAAUGAAAAGUUCAGUGUCCUUAAAGCUAUGGUUCCCACUGUCAACCAGGUUGAUAAAGAAGAGAUACUGAACAACACAAUCAAGUACUUGCAAGAACUAGAGGAAAGAGUUGAAGAGCUAGAAUCUUGUAUGGGGUCAGUUAACUUCGUAGAGAGACAAAGAAAGAGCGUUAACGACUCUGUGUUAAUCGAGGAGACAUCAGGGAACUAUGAUGACAGCACGAAGAUCGAUGGAAACUCAGGAGAAACCGAACAAGUCACUAUAGCGAGAGAUGAGACACAUUUGAGAGUUAAACUGAAAGAAACAGAAGUUGUGAUGGAAGUAAGAUGUUCUUACAGAGACUACAUAGUUGCAGACAUCAUGGAAGCUCUGAGCAAACUUCACAUGGAUGCUUUCUCUGUUAGAUCUUACACACUUAAUGGGUUCCUCACACUUAAUCUCAAGGCAAAGUUUCGUGGGGCUGCAGUUGCUUCGGUAGGGAUGAUUAAGAGAGAGCUGAGGAGAGCCAUUGGAAGUCCUGUGUAUUAUGUGUUGUUACAAUGUGGGACAAAGGAAUACCGAAGCAAAAUGUCAAAAGGUGAUAAUGACAACGCAUUGUGGAACCAAAAGUUUGUGUUCGAUUUCCCAAUGUAUCAAUGGAAGAAGCUGACCCACAUCAAGGUUAGAAUCAUGGACAAAGAGCUCUUCAAAGAUGGUGGAUUUGUCGGUGAAACCAUAAUUCAUCUUGGAGGGAUAAUAACCGAAGGACGUGACAGAGGAUACAUAGAAGUCAAACCAGCUCCAUACAAUGUUGUUCUUGACGAUGACACAUUUAAAGGCGAACUAAAACUUGGCUUCAGAUUUACUGCAGCGGAUAAAUUGCAUAUCAACAAGGCAUGGGAAGUGAAGAUAGAGGGUAAAAACCGUGAAGAGCCAAUGAUUUCUCCAGUUCUGAAUCUGAUGAAGCUCCCUUUGUUAAGGUUUCUCAUCUAUUGUUUCCGGAAAACAACCAAAUAUCAACUAAAAGAUAACUAAAAUGAUCAAAGGUUUAGCCUCAAAACUAUUUACUUCAGCUGUCUUUUUUUCAUUAUUUUGAUGGCUCACAUAACGUUUAAUUAGUAGUAUUACAUAACCCUAUUCGGAUUAGUUGUCAGUUACUAGGAUGAGAAAUUUGUUUGAUUUCUGAGUUUGUGCAAACAUUAUAGGUUCACAGCUGCAUGGACAAGAAUGCAAGGUCUCAUCGUUGCAGAAUUUCUUUAUUGUUUGGUCGUCUACAAAAUAUUUCCUAUUAAUAAAAUACUAGAUUCUGGCCCGCCCUCGGGUAUAUUUUUGUUUUAUUUUAUUUUUAAUUUUAAUUUUAUGUUUGUGUUGUUUUAAUCAUAUUUGUGUUAAAUGUUACUUUAAUAUAAUUUUUGAUAACUAUAUUACUUAUGUCAAAUUGCAUAACUGUGCAUUUGUGAGAUAUAUACAUCAGAUGUUUUACACAUGUAUAUAUAAUAUAAUUAAUAAAUUUAAUAAUUAAAAGAUAUACACAUUAUAAAAUAGUUUUGAAUCUAUCAAUACGUAAGGAAAAACAACUUUUUUUGUUAUUUCUGCUUAUUUGGUAGUAGAAAAUCGUGGAAAUAUAGUGGGUAAGAAACCAACCACGUUCUUUUUAUAAAAAUGAAAAAGGCAAUUAGAAAAAAAAAACUGUUUUUUAAACGGACAUCACGUAACUGUGUGAUAUAUUUGAAUUGUAUAAUACGAUACAAUUAUGUAAAAGUUGGUUUUUUAAAAAAGGAAGGUCCAGUGGCAAAAAAAGUAAUAUUCCAGGUAUGGGUAGGGGUAAAAGAUAUGAAUGAUCCUGAAUUAAUAAUAUUGAUAUUAAAUUUUGAUUAUAAAUGCAUUAUUUUUUGUGUUUAACUACUUUUCAUAUCUUUUAACCAAUCAAUAUUCAAUAAACAUAUUUUUUUUAAAAAAGUUUACAAUUCAUCAUUAUUAUCUGAUAAAAAUGCAUUGAAAAUGUAAAAGUUAUUUUUU